GCAGCUUUGCCCCCCGUGCAUAUGGGAUGCGUUCAAAAAAGUAACAGACAGCAAACAAGCGGAGCAUACCUUUGCACACCUACACCUCUAAACACUUCCUGCUGGGAUCUGUCCCGAGUGAAGGACCCGCUUUGUAAGGACACGCUAAUAAUGCAGAGACUGCCACCUGCUGUAGUUUGAUCGGCAGGCAGAGACGAAUUGCCUCACAGAUCUUCAGAGAGAGAUGCCAGAGAGGACGUGUGACUGAGACCGGUCGUCCGCUGCCUGGAGAGCUGUCAGUUUGUUUUCAACCUCAAAUCUGAGUUUUCCACUUGUGAGCCUCUCAGAGGGUGGAGCGAAGAUCUGAAUGUCAGCAGUUUGUGGAGCAUGGGUACAACUGCCAGCGCUGCCCCACAGCCUGUUGAUGUAGCGCCGCCGCUUGACAACGUCCACGCCAACGGGAUGGCCCAUAACAGCAUGAGUCCAGUCCACAUGGUCAACAUCCACAACAGCAAAGCCAAGUCCAUUAUCACCAACAAGGUUGCCCCGGUCGUCAUCACCUAUAACUGCAGACAAGAGUUUCAAAUCCAUGACAACAUCCUAAAAGCCAACUACAAGGUUGGUCGGAUAUCGGACUCCUUGCCUGAGCAUUACCUGGUUAAGGGUGAAUACUUCAUGGUGCAGGAUGUGUACAGCAAAGCAGAUGUGCUAAACACAACAAGCAGCUAUGGAGCCCCCAACUUCCGCCAGGUGAAGGGAACCUACCCGCUGUAUGGAAUGGGUCAGCCAACCUUGAAUGGCUUCAAACAGGUUCUCCAGAGACUUCAAUCCCAAGGACAGCAGCAGGAGAUUAUCUUCUUCUGCAUACGAGAGGAGCCAGUGGUUUUCCUUCAUAAGGACGACGACUUUGUGCCGUACACCCCGCGUAGGAAAGAAAACCUACAUGAGAACCUUCAAGGAUUGCAAGGAGAGGAGACAGUAGAAAGCCUGGAGCUGAGCAUCAGAAAUGAGCUCCACGACUUUGCAAAGCUCAGCAAAAACACCUUAUAUGUCUACAACGACAUCGAGUUCUUCAAAGAUGAGCCACAGAAGAUGUCCAUAACGUGCGAGGAGGACAUUCACGUGACGGAGGAGGUCUAUAAGAGGCCGAUGUUCACCAUGCAAGGUUACAGGUACUUCAGAUUACCACUACCAAUGGAGGGAGCGCCAUUGGAAGAAGAUUUAGAUGCAUUUGUUAACAUACUCAGGGAGAAUCCCAGCCUGUGUCUGGGCCGCAACGCGUCCAGAAGACUGCCGCCUACCCUGGUCUUCAGCUGCCAGGUGGGCGUCGGCCGCACCAACCUAGCCAUGAUUCUGGGCACGCUAGUCAUGAAAAGACUCACAGGGGACUCACAUCCCCCACCACAAGUUGGGGAGGCAGGUACUUCAGAGCCAAGACCACUUUUCCAAGUUAUCCAGAAUCUGAUCAAAAGGUUGCCUAAUGGACAGCAGCUUAUGGAAGAGGUGGACCAUGCUAUUACCUUGUGCUCAGAGAUGCACAACAUUAAAGAAGCAAUAUAUGAGAAUGCAAGUAAACUGGAAGGGAUUGGAGAAGAUUACCAGACUCAAGGAAGUGCUACCAAAGAGUACUUUCUCAACAGAACAAAGCAGAGCUUGGAGCGCUACUUCUACUUGAUUGUAUUUAAUGCUUACCUUCAUGAACAGUAUCCCCUUGCCUUUAUGUCCAACUUCAGUCAGUGGAUGUGCUGCCACGCCUGGUUGUACAGGUUGCUGGCCUGCAUGGACGUGUCCGAGCUGUCUGCUCCUGCCGAGCUGCUCACCAAAGGAGCCCGCGUCCUGGUUGCAGAUGAGUACUUGGCCCCCGACGUGCUCAGCACAAUCAAAGAGAUGAAGGUGGCCAACUUCAGACGAGUGCCCAAGAUGCCUGUUUAUGGAGUGGCUCAGCCGACAUCAGAGGCCAUUGGAGCAGUUCUUGCCCACCUAAUGGAUGAGAAGAGGAAGCACAACCACAUUUUGUGGGUCAAUGUGCAGGAGGAGUUGGCGCUCGAAGGAAAUGGACAAAUCUUCUUUCCCAGGGAACCCUCGUGUCUGGACCAGCACAUCCCUGUCCCAACAAGUGACCCGCAGUUGUUACAAAAAUUGGAAACCUCACUGAAGGAAGAGAUUCUGCGAGCUCAGAAAUGGCUGGAGGUAACUCUGGAGCAGGAGAAACAGAUGAAGAUGUUUAAAAGCUGCCUGACCAUUCAGGAGAUCUUCAACCAGCACAAAGACUCCCACCAAGGCCUCGUGUACAAACGAAUCCCUCUGCCGGACUGUAGCUCACCACGGGAAGAAGAUUUUGAUAAGCUUCAUGAGGCCAUAAAGAAUGCGUUAGCUGAAGAUUCCCACUCAGCUUUUGUCUUUAAUUGCGCCAAUGGCAAAAGCAGAACUACAACUGCUAUGGUUAUUGCUGUGCUCACUCUCUGGCAUUUUAAGGGCUUCCCAGAGUGCACAGAUGAUGAGAUUGUCAGUGUUCCUGAUGCCAAGUACACAAAGGGAGAGUUUGAGGUUGUUAUGCGAGUGGUUCGUCUUCUCCCCGAUGGCCACAAGAGGAAGAAAGAGGUAGACCUGGCACUGGAUUCUGUCAGUGAGACCAUGACCCCCAUGCACUAUCAUCUGAGAGAGAUGAUCAUCUCCAUUUACAGACAGAUCAAACCUGAGAAGACAGAAAAUGAGUGUAAGCAGCAGCUGCUCAGGAGCCUGCAGUUCCUGGAGCGCUACAUUUACCUCAUCCUCUUUAACACAUACCUGCAUCUGGAGAAGAAGGACUCCUGGCAUCGCUCCUUCUCCGUCUGGAUGGAACAGGUGGCUGCCAGAGCUGGAGUUUAUGACAUCCUCAACCAGCUGGGUUUUUCAGAGUUUGAAGACCCAAGGGAGACGCCGCUGGCCAGGCUGCGCUACCGCUGGCAGCAGCAGAACAUUCAGUCACUUCCUUUCCGAGGGGAAUUCAUCUGAAGGAUGAUUCCUCUGAAUGCACCGCUUUCACAAUGAGAGACACUUACAGUAACCCUGUUCUGCCUUUAUAAUUAACCCCUGUGUCGUGAAUGAGAUCAGGUCUUAUUUCGAUUGUUUUAUUGUUGAUCAUCCUAACAGCUCCUUUUAGCCUUUACCUUUAUUUUAUAAUCUUCUCCUUUAGGUGCCUUCUUUAAAUCAAUUGUUAACUAAUAUAGAUUUUUUUUUUCUGAUUGCAGAUUUUUUUAGUCCUUUUUUGCAUCUGAAUUUUUGCAUCUAGUUUGAGGGGAAAAAAGAAAAAAAAUGUUUUGAAGGAGAGAAACAAAUUCCAGUGUGUGACCGAACAAUUAUGGCUGCAUGUCACAACUGUUUGCUGUUGUGUGAUCUGAUAUCUUUUUUUUAAGCGUUGUCCUUUUCAAAGUUUCUUUUUUUUAAUUCAUGGUGUACAUAUGAUGGCAGUUAUUUAAGUUCUAAUGCGUCCAUGAGCUUAUCUAAGAGUAAAUGGUUUUCAACAGUUUCACAUUAUUAUUUUUUCACCUUUAUGAUAAUUGCCACACUGUGUCCCUUCGUUGCAUCUGGAUUGUUUGUUUUUUUUCGCCAUAAGUGUCCAGAUGCAGGUACUGACAUGUCAAUAAUUUUUAUGUUAGAUUGACUUUGAAGGUGUUUGUCUUUCAAACGAUAGAGAAGUGGUCUUUCAAUUAAAUUUUCUUCUUUUUUACAGUUCUGUAAUUAUAACAGCUUGGCAUGGUUCACAGCACAAUAAGAUAUUUUUUUCAUAUAAUUUGGUUCCUUAAACCUAAUGGACUCUCAUCUUUUCAAGGACCCUGUUUUAAAUGCCUCCAGUUUUCAGAAGCCUUGAGUUGUUCGGCCUCAGGUUUGUGGAUUGUGCCUGCAACUUGCGACUGUUAGGUUUUGGAAAUAGACCUAAAUAUUUUAAUAUGAGUACUUAGAUGCCUUUGAAACCAAAUAAUUCAUCAUAAAUGUCAUUCACUCGACUGGAGACGAAUCAACACCAUGUUUGGAGCCGCGUUUGCAGAAUCAAGUUGCUUGUUUAAAGUAGAAAUGACUCGGCUUAAAAGUGAGCAGGAUAUGUGCAGAUCCUCCUUUCACCAGGUUGCCCCAUCUUCACAUCAUCACUCUGUCUGCAGGAAUUAAACCAUACCUCAAAUUAUAUUUAUCGCUGGAAAUAACCUGCUCUGGAAAUAUUUGGGGUAGUUCAUUUUAGUAACAAGCACCAAUGUUUCACUGAAGACUAGAGAUGCAUUGAUCUGAAUGGAUCUGACACUCUUGGAUUGUUUAAAUAAACUUGGGGAGGAAAACUCAGAUAUUCCUCCCCCCAGUGACAGCAGUCAUGGGAAUCCCAAGAUGUUUUUAGGCCAGAAAGGACAUAUAACUCCCCUCAGGAGGUUCAGGAUCUGCCCUGGAGUCCAAAUGUGAUUUCUUUCAAAGUAGAGAAGUAGCCUUAUCUCUAAGGCUGGAAGUGAUCAAAAAGUUUAUUUUAGUCACUUGUAUCCUAAAUCUCUUUGAUUUGGUCAUGAGCCAAGUUCUAUGACACACAAGUCGGGGUUGAACCAGACUAAGCAGAGAAACAAUAGCUUCACAUUUUGACCCCAAUGAGUGUACAUACAAAUGUUACAUCACUGAAAGAGACAAAAAAAAUACAGAAAAAAAUUGAGUCAGAGACCAACGCCUGACCUAGAAGCAAUCCCCCUUCUUGCAUUUUAAAACUAUUGCUUGGACUUUAAAGAGGUAAUUUCUGUCCCCGUUGGCUCAUACUUUGUUACAAACUUCUAAAAGUGCAUACUUGAGAUCAUGGCCUGGAGAUGCCAAGAAACCCACAUGAUCUGCAAAACCUAAACGUGUCAUCUGCGGUUCCUAAACCAGACUCUCUACUCUUCAUGACUAGAGUGACCUGUCUAGUCUUAAGGUCCAUAGAGACCAGGUGGAAUCAGCAGAAUCCAACCAGCAAUGAGAAUAAGUUCAACCCACCACUUGAUUUAGUUGUGUGAGGGCUAAAUCACACAACCCAACUGCUUAAUUCUGCUCUCAUCGAAAUGCUUUGAUAUGAUCAUAUGCUUUCUCUAUACAUUUGGUACAGUUGCUGUAAAAAAUGUUUUACUAUUUCAAAACAAAGACAAUGUUUACAUAUUUUAGCAUUAUACAAGAUUUUACUAUGCUAACAAUUGCCUCCUUCAAACCCGCAGCUGUCAUUACAGUAACAGCUGUCUCGAUGUAGAUCCUAACCUUGACUGAGAUUUCCAAAUUUGCCAAAUCCUUGAAAAUCAUAAGAACAAAAUAGAGCAAAUUUCCUGGACUCCAUUCAGUGUUUAUGUUGUUUGCUUUUCGUUUUGCACUCGCUUGCUUUCUCACAGCUUGAAUAAACCGCAGAUGGUUCAAGAGGUCUUGAGUUGAGGUUGAAUUGUCUUCCUUCAGUAGCAGUGUCUGAAGAGUGGUGUUGCCUGACCAUAUCAGCAAAUUUUGGUCAUCAGCUGAUUUCUCUGUGCAUCUUAGCUACUGUUCAAGGGUAUGUCUCCAAUGUCUUUGCACUUAUUUUAAAAAAAUAUAAUUUGGUAUUUUGUUUUUCUUCAAAGUUUGCAUGCUUUAAUCAAGAAUCCUACCCUAAAACCAGAAAAAUAAGCAAAUAAAGAUGUCAAAAAUCCAUCAUAAAGAAGCCUUAUGUUUCUCUGUUGAUGUUUCAAAUAAGCAGCAUCGCUUUGGGAGGAUUAGAUGGAAAUUCAUGUGACUUAAUUAGGUGGAGGUUUAACAUUCUUGUGUAACUUUGUAACACAAGCAUGUUUAAGUGUAAGUUUUGAUAACACCUUAAUAUCGCAUUUAUAGUAUUUAAUGUUUUAUUGUGGAUAUUAUGUGUCCCCUAUUUUUUAUUGUAUCUUAAUUUUUUUAUUUGGAAACUAAAAUAAAAAUACAACUUAAACUGCAA